GACCACCACGGCUGAACCAAUUUGUUCACUAAAAGACACUGUGAAUCUUAGCACAGAUGAUAAACUACAAUACCAGUUAAAUGAUUUUUCACCAUACGAAAAGCUUAAAUUUUUUAUAUGAUUAGAGAAAGAAAAGAGGACACAAGUGACUUUGCACAACAUUUUAUGUGGGAUAUUUAUAUGUGUGCCGGCCAAGGUACUUCAUCAGUCAUCAAGUCAGCUGAAAAUGGAGGUUCCAUUGUUAAUCUUGGUGGCAGCUACAAUUUGCUUCGGUGCAUCUAACCUGGUUUUCUAUGGCCAUGCAAUUGGAUCCCCUAAUUACACAUUACUACACUCUGAAUCAGAUUAUGAGCUCAGACUCUACAGAGAAGUUUCCUGGAUAUCUGCUCUUGUCCAGGGAAGCUCUUUUCAGAAAUCUACUAAAGAUGGCUUUCACAGGAUUUACCAAUACAUCCAUGGAGAAAACCUCAACUCUGCACAACUUCCAAUGACUGCUCCUGUCUUAACAAGCAUCGUGCCGUCAUCAACAGCUACUGUACACUACGUAAGAUUGUUCUUAAAUAAGAGUAACCCUCCACAACCCAAUCCUGAACUGAAUUUGCAGUUUACCAAAUGGAGAGCUCAGUGUAUAGCGGUUAGAAAUUUUUCUGGGUUCGCUGAGGAUGAUAAUGUUAAGAAAGAAAUGGAGGGUCUAGUUGCCAGUCUAACUAAACACUCAACUGGAAAUACCGCAGUUAUAAAUGACACCAGUUCCUACACAAUUGCCCAGUACAACUCUUCACACUACCAAUCAAGGCGAUAUAAUGAAGUGUGGAUUGAUGUUUCUGGUGUUAAUAUAGAUGGUUGUUUACCUCAUUGAAGGAGACAGUAAUUUGGUUGUGAAGAUUUCUCUGCAUCUUAACAAGGAUUGCGUUCUCUCCAUUUUUCCUUUUCUUUUUGGACAUAAGAGAAAUAACUUCUUCCAGAAAGAUGGGGGGUUAGAAAUGUAAACAGGGUUGUAAUGCAUUGUAUCUGCAGGAAAUUAAGGAAAAGGAGACUCUGGUUGGUUUGUUCAA